AUGUUGUUUCAGAUUAGAAAUAAACCAAUAAUAGACAGAUCGCCCAUUAUAUCCAAGUCGGCCACUGAUAACGGAUCCAAUGGCAGACUAUAUUGCAGAGCACAGGCAGCUCCUAAUGUGACUUUCACGUGGACUCGCGAGGGACAGAUACUCCAGACAUUAACCAAAGCUGUGGGCGCUGUGUCUGCAGACGCCGACAAACUGAAGAAAGGGUCGGAUGUAUCAGAAAAGGACAUCAAAUACGUGAUUGAAUCGACCCAACAGUUGGAUUUAGUGACCUUCCAGAGCGUUCUGGUCAUUAUGGACGUCCAGAGUCAAGAUUAUGGUGCCUACCAGUGCUUAGCGCGCAAUGAUCUCGGUUUUGACGCCAUUACCAUCCAAUUGAACCGAACGUCAAAACCUGAUCCACCGCUGGCUUUACGAGUGAUUAACAUAACUGAGUCGGCAGUACAGCUCCGGUGGAUACCCGGCUUUGAUGGUGGUUUGGGUCAGGAGUUUAGGCUCCGAUACCGGCCCACAUUGAGUACCGAUCCGUCCUAUUCGUAUAGAGAUGUAUUCCCAUCCAAUUCCACACAAAUACUAAUGACUGGUCUGAAUGAGGACACGGAGUAUAUAUUUGGCGUUCAGGCCCUUAACUCUUUGGGUUACUCAGACUUCACCAGUGAUGUCGUCAAAGCUAAGACUCUUAAAGAAACUCCAGUCACGGAAACCGAGAAAAUAAUAUCGAAAAUAAUGAACGAAAGGGCCGGAGAUUUGCCGAAACUUAUUCUUAUCGUAUCACUUGUGGGCAGUUCUCUACUCCUAUUCAAUAUCGUUUUAGUCGUUUGUUUUGUGCGAAAGCGAAGGAGAAAG